UCCCCCCCGACGCGCGACAAACAACAAUGUGGCUCGAUCGCUUCCACCAAUCUACCCCGCCGCCCCAAAAUGCCCGCUCUUACUCGCCUGCGCCCACCAGACGCCCCUACCUGACUCCCUCCUCCGGCCCAGCUCUGCCGCCCCGCCCCGGCUUCCCUCCCCGCUCCUCGUCCAUAACCCUGCUCUCGUCGCCCGCCUCAUCCUCGUCCAGUCUGCCGCCUCAAGCCCGCCUCCCCAAUGCCUCAGCCCUGCGCUUCCAGGUCAGCGGCUCGCCGCCCCCUGACGUGCCCGAUCCAAACAAGGUCCUGGAGCUUCUCUUCGACGGCCCUCCUAAACGAAACGCCCCGGAGGAGUCGGCGGAGAAGCCGGCGGAGAUAGUGACGGACAUUGAUUUCGGAAAUCUGAGCCUCGAGGCAUUUGCCGAGGCAGGCAGGGAGCAGCAGUCGUGGCAGCCUUCCCAUGUACAUACAUAUAGCACCGAGUCAGUCGAAGAAUAUGACCGGGCAAAGGACAAGUUUGAGGAUUUGCAUCGCUCUGUGACGGCCUGCGAUGAAGUGCUCAAGUCUGUCGAAACCUAUCUCACCGGUUUCCAAGCCGAUCUUGGCGCUGUAUCUGCCGAGAUAGAGACCCUGCAGACCAGGUCUACGCAGUUGACGACCAGGCUUGAAAAUCGCAAGGUGGUUGAAAAGCUCCUUGGCCCUGCGGUAGAGGAAGCCAGUAUAUCGCCUGCGGUGGUCAGAAAGAUAGCCGACGGCGCCAUCGAUGAGGGUUUCUGCAAGGCCUUGCAAGAGCUCGAAAAACGCUCAAAGACUAUGAAUGCCAGGUUAACUGACGACAAGAACGUCAAAGCAGUCAACGAUCUCAAACCGCUGCUCGAAGACCUAACGAAGAAGGCUGUUGAACGUGUUAGAGACUACAUUGUUGCACAGAUAAAAGCGCUUCGAUCGCCAAGCAUCAAUGCACAAAUCAUACAGCAACAGGGAUUCCUCAAAUUCAAGGAACUCUAUGCCUUCCUCGCCAGGCACCAAGAGAAACUGGCCAAUGAACUCUGCCAAGCGUACAUCAACACCAUGCGCUGGUACUACCUGAAUCACUUUACGCGCUACAACCAGGCCCUGAACAAUCUCAAGCUACACGUAAUAGACCAACACGACACCAUUGGAAACGAAAAUGCUGCCAAACGUGGCGGUGCUCUUCUCGGCAAUCCUAAAAUGCCAACAGCGCCCCACGACGCAUUUUCCAUAGGCCGGCGCCUUGACCUCCUCAAAGGCCAGCACCAAAACGCACUCACCUCGCACGUCGUCGAGGAAAACAAAUCUACGCACUACCUCGAAGUGGCUUUCCACACCUUCAACCUCGCCCUAAUCGACAACGCCUCCUUCGAAUACACGUUCCUGACAUCCUACUUCUCGCCUGCGCAAUCCUACCACGCCCUCUCGCGCAUAUUCUCGCAAAUCUGGGAGCCGACCUUCGCACUAGGCCAGCAACUGACCAAAUCGCUGACGGACACGUCCAUGGACGCGCUGGGAGUGCUACUCUGCGUGCGCCUGAACCAGCACUUUGCGUUCGAGCUGCAGCGGCGCAAAGUGCCGGCCGUCGAGGGCUACGUCAACGCGACCAACAUGCUGCUAUGGCCGCGCUUCCAGCUGGUCAUGGACGCGCACUGCAAGUCGGUGCAAGCACUGACGAGCAGCCUACCCGGCCGGCCCGCCGCCUCGUCACUGCUCACGUCUGCGGCGCCUGCGGACCAGAGCACCGCCCCUGUCGCGCUGACGCAGCGGUUUGCGAACUUUUUGCAUGGCGUGUUGAAGCUGAGCGCGGAGGCCGCGGAUGACGAACCCGUCUCGAAUAGCUUGGCGCGCCUACGGAGCGAGUAUGAGGCCUAUUUGGCGAAGCGGUGUAAGAGUAUUGCGGACCAGAGGAAGAGGGAGAGGUUCUUGUUUAAUAAUUUGAGCUUGGUGGGGACGAUUUUGGAGGGCGCGGAGGGGAGGUUGGCCGAGGAUAUGAUGACGCAUUUUAGAGAGGCGAGGGAUAGGCAUGCCGAUGAUUCGUGAUGGUGUGGGGGUAAUGAGUUGGUGUUGUGGUGUUUGGGUCUAGUAAUUAUUUUUUGUGAUGGUUCUGCUAGCAGCGUUAUUAAACCUUCGGGCUUGGAGAUGGAGUCAACGUCUUUUUUGAGUUCAGGUUCAUUUUGCAUCCUAAUUCAUUGCUUUCGCCGUGGUAAGGUCCUUAGUCCUUGCUACACUGCGUUAGUUGUUUUUAUUCAACCCUACAAAUAAUGUCCGUCACCGUAAAGCGAGAAUCAAC